AUGUCCAUCGCAUGCGGCAAGAGGGCGCUUGGGCCUCUUGGGUACUUUCCCAUCGUCCUCGCUUUCUUCGCACUUGCAGCUCAGUGCCAGCAAGGCGGGCCCACGCAGAAGCCGAUCGUGCAGGUGCCGAACACGGGAGCCCAGAGCACCGGCAUCCCGAUCACGCAGAAGCCGACCGCGCCGGAGCCGGUCGAGUCGAGCGGCCCCAAGCGCCACCCAGACCUCCCCGUGCUGGGCUACGUGACGCCGUGGAACUCGCGCGGCAAGCAGCUGGUGGAGGACUACCGGGAGAAAUUUGAUAUCGUCAGCCCCGUCUGGUACACCGUCCACGCGGACGAGGCCAACGUCGACGAGGUGUAUGCCGUCAGGGGUGGUCCGCCGGCCAAGGAAGAUGAGGAGUGGUACCAGAGGCUGCAGAAGUCAACCACGUCGUCGGGCGCGGCGAAGCCGCUCCAGAUUGUGCCGCGGUUUAUUCUGGACGGGUGGGACCAGGACAACUUCCAGAACCUGGUCUUCAACGAGACAAGAUGGCGGCUGCUCUCAGAGGCCAUCGUGAACGUCGUAACCGAGAGGUCAUUCGACGGUGUCGUCUUCGAGUCUGGCGCGUCCUACGCCCUGGGACCCCCUCUCACGAAACUGUCGGAGGUGUUACAUGCCAAAGACAAGCUUUUGAUACUGGUCAUGCCGCCUGUUCGGGCACCUGGCGAUGGCAUGACUGAUGCCCACAACUCGAUGAUUGUUCAACCCCUCGCGGGCCUUUCGCAUUAUAUCGAUUAUUUCAGCGUCAUGACAUACGACAUGACGGGCCCGGGUGGUCGAGAGCUACAUGACGGCACUGGCUUCCCGGACGGCAGCUCGAUCAGACGGGCGAUCACUCAAGGGCAGGCUCGUGAGCCUGGCCCGAACACAAGCGCCGACUGGGUCAGGGACAAUCUCGUGGCAUUUGUCGAGGCGUCCCAAGCGGGCGCCAUGGAUCCGUCCCAGUCACCUGCAGAGUCCAGGUGGGCGUCUAGGAAGUUCCUCAUGGGCAUGCCUCUAUAUGGGUACAAGUAUCCUGUGCUAUUUGUUGACAAGACAUCGGGCGACUUCGUCAAGCGGCCGGCGGAUGCUGAAGCAGUCGCGCCCGUCUUGAGAGGCGCUGGGGAACCCGUCCUCAUGACCGAGAUAUUGGACAUGAUCAAGAAGAAAAAGGCGCAGGUCCUCAAGUCGGAAACGGACGGUGAAUUUUAUUUCGACUAUGAGGAAAGGCCUGGGACCGGGUUUUGGAGAGUGUUCCUGCCCACGAGCGAGGGCAUCUCUAAAGUCUUUGACACGAUACAGGACGUUGUCGACGAUGACCGCGCGUACGCCUUCGGCGGAGCCGGCGUCGCCCUCUGGGAAGUUGGUCAGAGUUCGACUGGUCUCUUGGCUUCUAUAUGA